AUGAUCCGCACCCUGCUGUUGGCUCUAUUCCUCGCGCUGGCCGUCUUUGCCGAGUACCAGCUGGAGGCGGAGGACGGGAUGAACCCCAACUUUUUCCGGUUUGGAAGGAGUUACCGGGGCACCGGCCGUACCCACCACGUCGCCCUGAACGCCCUGCGACAGUUGGCCAGCGACCGCUCGUCAGUGUUGCGCCCCCAGUUC